AGAAAAAAAGUUCAUAGCAAUCGCAUGUUUUGAUUUAUAUCGAAGAUAAAACAUUACUGCUGGUGGGCUGAUCGGCUCUGCGGCUUUCUUGAGAAGUUCGCAGAAUGGAGUCGCCAAGCUGCACAAGAAUCGGCUACCAAUCACUACACUCCCAGCCUAUUGGUUCAACCGAUGGCAGAUUAGCACGUGAUGGACAUGCGGGGUUGGCACGGCUACAAUACAGCAAUACUAUUGGUCCAGCUGUAAAACUCUAGCCGUUUCCAGAAUCUACCCUAGAAGCCGCUAACCCGCUUUUUUGGCACAAAUGCAAGUGCCCACAUUGACCGCUGUUGUCUUCUUUCGAACAUAUUUGACCUUGGGAGUUGCCGCCUCGUCCGCCCGCCCUACAAUUUUCAUAAGUCAUACUUGUAAACUUCAACUCAACCAUACACAAACCGUCAAAUCCAAACGACUCGAGCAAUUCAAUUGACUCAACCAGCUAAACCAUAACUCACCCAAACUUGAUUGUCACAGACAGAAAAUUCUUUCGACAGCGCACAUCUAUCAAUUACGCUUACGCUUUUCGGAGUCUCCCAAAGUCCCGAUUCAUCACUUCGACCAGUCAACUCCACUUCUACGAUAAACCUGGAUUCUAUCAUCAGCAAUGGCGCCAAUGAAAAACAAUAAAAAUAACUGUAGUAGUAGUAACGGCGAGGCCGUGGCCCGUGAGGUCAAUGUCCUCGCCAGUUGCUACGUCGUCGACCCCGCUGCGUCCCUAAAGGGACUUCACUACUGCACUACCGGGGCUGCAGGUUUACCAUCUCCUCCGUCAAGUCCCCCCCUCGCGGCCAUCACGACGUCUAACGAGCUCGCUCUUCAGCCCAAGAACAAGAAGCGCAGCCGCAACGCACCGAUUAGCCGGAGCCGCCGAGGGGGGGCAACACUUCAGAUCAGGGAAGAAUGUGAGAGAUUCUUUUGCGAGACUAUGAAAGCUGUGUUCCAGGGUGAGUGGAAUAUGGCCGGUAAUGGCUCCUGCCUGACUGGUGUUAAUUACGCGCUUACACCACCUGACGACUAUCCUAUGAGUCAGUCGCCUUUCUUCAACAUCGAUAUCAAACCCGGAGUCUAUGUAAACGGAUGGAUGGAAUUUUGGGAUUAUGCUGGAGGUGCUAGCUUCCGAGCCUUUAUCACAGAAGAUGGCGACGAGAAGUCAUUGUUUGCAUUUUUUGAUGGCGGGCUCGUAGGCCGCGACCUCAAGCAAGCACUCAUUGCUUUGAUUGAGUUAGCGGAUGGUCCAAUCGAAUGCUCGCAUGUCGUCAUCUGCGUGGACCGUUCGAUGCCACACGAAUAUGCGAAGGCAUUGAUGAAGAGUCUUCAGUGGGUUGGUUUCGAGAUGACCACCUUGGACCAUUGGGCCAAAGACGUCGAUGUCAUUAGCGACAAAUGGUUAUUCAUGGGCAUGGAAGUCUAG